CCAUAGAGACAGUUAGAGGACUCAACCUUGUAUCUGUCCCAUUAUGGUGUCUGUGAGAGCAUGGGCAGUGCCAUUGAAGCCAUCUCCAUACUGAAGUAGUCAAUUAUCCUCUUCUGUUACUUCUAUGAGUUGGUUAACAAAUUGAAAGGGUGCAUACUGCCCCCUGGAGGGUGUUGUUUGAACAGGUAUAAAGCCAAGCUCGGUGAUUUACUGCCAGCUGCAGUUAUGGAAUGUUUGCUGAUCCCUCUUGCUGACCUGGAUGGAAUUAUAUGAUUCUUCCUCAACCCAUUGGAAAUUACACCGAGUUGACAACUUCAAAAUGGUGAAAGUCUUAAAUGGCGCUGCCCAUGCUAUAAUUGACAUUUUGGUUCACUAGAGUGCUCUAUCUAUCUCUAUGGUUCACACACACACACACAUAAAGUGGCAGGUUAACAGCAUGAGAUUGACACAUUGUAUACAAAUCACAAUAACCCCCCAUUUGCCACAUGUAUUUAUUGUGUGACACAACAAGAGUUGACCGAGGUGGGAUUACCUGAACCUGGAAGCCAUCCCCAGCUAGAUAGAUUUCCAACAUGGUGGAAGAUGGCACUAAGAAUGGAGGAAGAAGUCAGGAGAUGGCGGAAGGUGGGAGAUACUGCUGCUGGUCCGGUGGUCGCUGCCGUUUCCUCAUCCUGCUCGUCACAGUGGCGGCCAUCUUGUUCUUCACCAACCACCGGUCAGCAGAGUGUGUCCCAAGAUGGUGGGCGGAAUACCAUGGUCGUUCAGUCAACACCAGUAGGGAAGUAGUUUCUCUAAACUCCACUGAUUUUACCAUAGACGCUCAUGAAACUGCAUCUGCCAAUUCAACAGAUCGUCAGACUUCACUUAUCCACUCUACUCAGCAGGCCAUCAAACUCAACACAACACAUAAUGAAACUAGUUCCGUCACGUCUGCACUGACCAUCACUGAUCUGAUCACAGAGGUCAAGGCAGUUCGGUCCACUCCUCCUCCGUAUGUGUCCCCAGGACCGUACCAUGUAGAAUACCCAUCAGAGUACAUCUUCAUCCUGGAUGAGCCAGAGAAAUGCCGGGAGCAGAACCCCUUCCUAGUUCUGAUGGUGCCAGUGGCGCCCUAUAACAGGGACGCUCGGGAGGCCGUCCGCAGUACUUGGGGCAGUGAGAGGCAGGUACUGGGCAAAGAGGUCCGUCUGUUCUUCCUGCUGGGACUGCCCAGUGGAGAGGAGACAGAGCAGCUCCAGGAGAAGGUGCUGCAGGAGAGCAAAGAGCACCAGGAUCUGCUGCAGAGCGACUUCAUAGACGGCUACAAAAACCUGACCAUCAAGACCAUGGUGAUGAUGGAGUGGCUGAGCUCUCGCUGCCCCAACGCCUCCUACGCCAUGAAGAUCGACUCAGACAUGUUCCUCAACGUGAACACCUUGGUCAACAUGCUGCUUCACGCUCCAAAACAGAACUACCAGACUGGACUAGUGGCCCGACGGGGCGCCGUUCUAAGAGACCGUAACUCCAAAUGGUAUCUUCCAAAGAAGGUGUUUCCUGAACUGGUAUAUCCACCUUAUGCUCUGGGCCUGGGCUAUGUCUUCACCUUAGACCUCCCCAGGAAGCUGGUGGAGGCGUCCAGGCAUGUUAAAGCCAUCUACAUAGAGGAUGUGUAUCUGGGACUGUGUAUGAGACACCUGGGUAUCCGGCCUACUAAUCCCCCCAAUGGAAACCUCUUCCAGGUUUCCCCUGUGGCUUAUGACCGCUGCACCUACUCGCGGCUGAUAGCCACCACCACAUACAGUAUCACUGACCAGGUCAAUGCAUGGACAGACCUACACAAACCUGGUCCUCCCUGCUGAUCACAUACCCCAACAAACUAACUGAUGUACCAAUCCCUUCCUCGUUCUUUGUUCUUGCCAACAAUGUAAAUCUAGUGAAUUUGUAAUGCAUUUCCACUUUGAUUAACAUGUUUAAUGAUCAUGAUGAUGUUACUGAAUUUGGAUUUGACACACUUCCAGUCUUAUAUCCUUUGUGGUGCUGGGAGUUACUGCCCCCAAGAAAAAUCUACACUGGAGAACAAGUUAUUGUACUGAGACGUGCCCACAAGAAAUGUGCAGAGGUACAAUUGUGUGUGUUAUUUUUUGACUUUACUUGAAUAAAAUGUUUUAUUUCAUGGCCUAACUGUACAUAAUGAGUAAUUUACUACUUGAGUAGUUCUCAUUAUUGUUACAACAUCUAUCCAUGCUGAUAGUUAUGUAUGGUCAGUAGAAGGUUUACAAGAUGAUUUGGUUUAUGUUUAUAAGACCUAACCAGGUGUUCUACUCUGCUAGCCAGCACCUCUCCUAACCAGGUGUUCUACUCUGCUAGCCAGAACCUCCUCUAACCAGGUGUUCUACUCUGCUAGCCAGCACCUCUCCUAACCAGGUGUUCUACUCUGCUAGCC